AGUAGCUAUAGAGACGGAGCUGCUUCCUUGCAGCGUUUGCUAACAGAUCGGAGAGGACUGAGUGGUUAGUAAGUGGUCUCGCUCGUUGCUUCCCCUGACCCCGUAUCAGGAGUUCUAGGGUGCCCUUAACUGGGGAGGAGGAAGCGGGUGUUAAAUCUGUGAGGGUCUGGGAGCAACUGACAGCGCAAGUGCCAGCAAUAGGGUCCUGCCCUGGAAAGGGUUCUUAACGCCCAUUCACUCUCCCAGCUCCAGACUUGUAUUCGUAGACCGAGCAGCUGCUUUGGACAGUUGUAGCCUAUCCAGUGAAGAAACCAUCUUUUAUACUUUUUAAUGUUUCAUCUGGACUAGCAAAACCAAGAAAUUUAGAAAGAAUGAGGCUGAAGACAUCACACUUAAAGGAACCAAAACAUAAAGAAUUGGUUAGCUGUGUGGGCUGGACUACACCUGAUGAGCUAUAUUCAUGUAGUGAUGAUCACCACAUCAUGAAAUGGAACUUGUUAACUAGUGAGACAACGCAAGUAGUGAAGCUUCCUGAUGAUAUCUACCCCAUAGAUCUUCACUGGUUUCCCAAAAAUAUAGGUGGAAAGAAGCAAUCCCAAGCUGAGAGUUUUGUACUCACAAGCUCUGAUGGCAAAUUCCAUUUGAUUUCAAAGAUAGGAAGAGUGGAAAAAAGUGUAGAGGCUCACUGUGGAGCUGUACUUGCAGGAAGAUGGAAUUAUGAAGGAACAGCAUUGGUUACAGUUGGUGAAGAUGGACAAAUAAAAAUCUGGUCUAAAAGUGGAAUGCUAAGAUCCACUUUAGCACAGCAAGGAACACCAGUUUACUCAGUAGCAUGGGGCCCUGAUUCAGAAAAGGUUCUCUAUACGUCAGGGAAGCAGCUGAUUAUUAAACCUCUUCAACCAAAUGCUAAAGUUUUACAGUGGAAAGCCCAUGAUGGAGUUAUUUUAAAACUUGAUUGGAACUCAGUCAAUGACCUUAUCCUGUCUGCUGGUGAAGACUGUAAAUAUAAGGUGUGGGAUAGUUAUGGUCGUCUACUGUACAGCUCUCAGCCUCAUGAUUAUCCUAUAACAUCUGUUGCCUGGGCUCCGGAUGGAGAAUUAUUUGCUGUGGGGUCUUUUCAUACUUUGCGCCUAUGUGAUAAAACUGGGUGGUCAUAUGCUUUAGAGAAGCCAAAUACCGGCAGUAUAUUUAAUAUUGCUUGGUCUACUGAUGGUACUCAAAUAGCAGGAGCUUGUGGAAAUGGACAUGUGAUUUUUGCCCAUGUCGUGGAGCAACGCUGGGAGUGGAAGAACUUUGAAAUAACAUUAACUAAAAGAAGGACUAUGGAGGUCCGUAAUGUUGUUAAUGAUGCAGUGGAUUUACUUGAGUUCCGUGACAGAGUCAUUAAGGCCUCUUUGAACUAUGGUCAUUUAGUUGUUUCAACUUCUCUUCAGUGUUAUGUGUUUUCUACAAAGAACUGGAACACACCGCUUAUCUUUGACCUCAAAGAAGGAACGGUUAGUUUAAUUCUACAAGCAGAAAGGCAUUUUCUUCUUAUUGAUGGUGGAGGGAUUUAUUUAUAUUCCUAUGAAGGACGAUUAAUUUCAUCUCCAAAAUUUCCAGGAAUGAGGACAGAUGUAUUAAAUGCCCAAACUGUAUCUUUGAGUAAUGAUACUCUUGCAAUAAAAGACAAAGCUGAUGAAAAAGUUAUCUACCUGUUUGAAGCAUUAUCUGGGAAGCCAUUAGGUGAUGGGAAGCCUCUUACCCACAAGACAGAGAUCACCGAAAUUGCCCUUGAUCAGAAGGGACUUACAAAUGAAAGAAAAAUUGUUUUUAUUGAUAAAAACAGAGAUCUUUAUAUUACUUCUGUGAAGAGAUUUGGGAAAGAACAGAAAAUUAUCAAAAUUGGAACAAUGACACACACUUUGGCUUGGAAUGACACAUCCAACAUACUUUGUGGACUCCAAGAUACACGUUUUACAGUCUGGUACUAUCCCAAUACGGUUUAUGUAGAUAAAGAUCUCCUGCCAAAAACACUUUAUGAAAAAGAUGCAAGCGAAUUUAGCAAAAAUCCCCAGAUCGUGCGAUUUGUCGGAAAUCAAGCAACGAUCAGACGAGCUGAUGGCUCACUUAUUCAUCUCAAUAUAUCACCUUAUCCAGCUAUUCUUCAUGAGUAUGUUAGCAGUUCAAAAUGGGAAGAUGCAGUCAGAUUGUGUCGCUUUGUUAAGACAACAACAGCGUAUGAGGAUCAAACCAUGUGGGCAUGCUUAGCUGCUAUGGCAGUUGCUAAUAAGGACAUGACAACAGCAGAAAUAGCCUACGCAUCAAUUGGUGAUAUUGACAAAGUUCAGUACAUCAAUUCUAUCAAAGAACUUCCAUCAAAAGAAUCAAGAAUGGCUCAUAUACUGCUGUUCAGUGGAAAUAUACAAGAUGCUGAAAUGCUGCUUCUUCAAGCAGGCCUUAUUUAUCAAGCUAUUCAAGUCAACAUUAACCUUUAUAAUUGGGAUAGGGCACUGGAACUAGCAGUGAAGCACAAGACACAUGUUGACACAGUUUUGGGUUAUCGACAAAAGUUCCUGGAGGACUUUGGUAAAAAAGAAACCAAUAAGCGAUUUUUGCAGUAUGCAGAAGGUUUGGAAGUUGAUUGGGACAAAAUCAAGGCCAAAAUAGAGAUGGAAAUUGCUAAAGAAAGAGAACGAGCUGCAGCCACUCCAGCAGUCAGAGCCAGUGUAACUGUACAGCACUAAAUACAGUGCUGGUCAUAUUAAAUAGCUAUUUGACUACACAUUUGCUGUAUCAGUAUACUGAUAAAUCCAAGGAUUAUCAUUUUCCAGGGAGUAGGCUAUGGAAGUUAAAGCUCUGAAAUUAGUUAAUUUUUGUUGAAUGUUGGACAAUGAGCAGAACUGUAUUCAUAUGUGUGUAGGACAGUUAUGAUCUAUGCGCCCCAUCAUGCUUUCCUUACUCUUGUGAGGAGUCCCAGUGAAGUCAGUGGAACUGCUUGUGUGAGAAAGAGAGCAAGAUUGACUUCUGUCUUCCCAUUAUUUAACUGUUCAACUUUUCAUACCCUUUAAAGUAAAAAUAUGCAGUCUUGGAUAUCAGGAUUUAGGCACUGAAAUGCAUGUUUAAGCACCUAAAUAAGUGGUCUGAUUUUCAGCAACUGUGGGGUACAGAUAUACAGCACUUCUGAAAAGCAGGCCAACUGGUUAAAUGCCUUAAGAUGCAUGUAGGUACCUAACUUUAGGCACCUAAUGUGAAAAAUGUGAACCUAAGUUUAUAACUGGCAAAGGAAUGUUUCAUUUGUGGUUACAUAGAUUGCUGCAUGACAGCACAGUCCCAGUGCUGAAAUAUUUUCCAGUAAUACAUAUCUGUUAUUUCAGAUAAAUUCAGCACCUGAGAUUGAUUGCAAACAUAUGCAAAAAAAAGGGUAGCUGUUGGAUAAAAAACUUCUAAAUCUUAAAUGAAUUAUUUUGUAAUAAUCUAAAAUACUGUGUAACAUUCUUUGAAUUUUGUUUGAAUUAGCAGAAAGUCAACUUUCUGCAAAUAUCCAGUAUAUGAUUGGCAACAGUGUUCUGCAUUUCCUUAAUGGUUAGAAUGUCCCAUCCACUUAGAAGAAAAACUUUUCAUGUUUGCACUAGGUCCAGUUCACUUGAUUGUGUAUUGGAGUUAAACAUACGCCAUUUCACCAAAAUAUUAUUUUCUCUCUUUCCUGUUGAAAUAAUUGGGGCUGCGUGCAUAUGGAUCUGUCUGCAUGAUCUCUUUGCAAUAUUGGGAUAUUAGUCUAUAACUGGUUAUUGAAGGACAUUAAAAUAAUUCUGCAUAACAUUUCUUUCACAUAUGAACACUAAAAAUUGUGUGCGUUCUGUGAGAAUCUUUAACUGGUUUAAUAUUUGUUUUGUAAAUCAUUAUGUAGCAAAUAUCAAUUUUCUGCAUAUUCUAUAACAUGCUUAAUACAAAAUUAAAAUAAAAUACUUUUUAUAUCAAUUA